AUGAUGUCUAUAGACGAACAUGACUUUGGUAUGGGAUAUUUGGAGACUAUGCGAGUGGUCAGAAAUUUUGGAUCGCACUGGGGAAUAGUUCCAUCAGACGUUGAGGGUGCAGAUAAGGAUGAUCAGCCAGCCGAUCAACCUGCGCUAGAGCCAAGACCGAGACGCAGGAACGUAAGAGGAAGGGGAGACCGCGGCCAGCCGACACACCCAACUGUUUCCAUGGUGGAUGCACCUUUUGGGGGUGAUAUGGCUGGUUACUUUGACCAGUUAUCGUUGAGUGUGAAUUGGAUAGGCAGCACGAUGGAAAAUGUGGUUCAGCAUCUUGGGGUGGAGCAGCCGUCUCAUUUUAAGGAAAACUUUGAAAAUAAGAAAAUGCAUGCAUGA